CUGUUCAGGAGAGGUCACAUUUGUGUCUUUGUCUCCACCUUCGAAGACAGAGAUGUGGUCAAGGAUUUUUCUAAGCAUCCUUUUCCUUCAUUUAACUGCUGCAGAGUUUUCUGAACCCCAAUAUGUCCUGCUGGUUCCUGCCGUGGUUCAGAGUGGAAAUCCACAGAGCGCCUGCUUACUGUUCUAUAACCUGAGAGAGCCAGUGGCCCUGAGCAUUAUCUUGGAAUACAAUGAAGUCAAUACUACUCUGCUUGACGAGUCUGUGACAAAGAAUGCCUUCUUCAAAUGCACCACGUUCAUGGUUCCUCCUGCCGGCUCUCACCCUUUGGCUUUCAUCACUUUUUCUGUCACGGGUGCAACAAUUAAGCUAUCUGAGAGGAGGUCAGUGGCGAUUCAGAACACAGACAACAUUGUCUUCAUCCAAACAGACAAGCCCAUCUACAAACCAGGACAAACAGUAAUGAUCCGUGUGGUUGCUCUCGAUAGAAAUUUCAAACCUGCUCAGGAGACGUAUCCCCAGAUCAUCCUCAAGGAUCCCAGGGGAAAUCAUAUCUUUCAGUGGCUGGAAACUACAUCUACAAAAAGCAUUGUCGAGCUCUCAUUCCCCUUAACUCAGGAGCCAAUCCUGGGGUCCUACAGCAUUGUUGUCACAAGGCAGUCGGGCCAAGAGGUCCAUCACUCAUUCAAUGUGGACGAAUAUGUGCUGCCAAAGUUUGAAGUGUCAACCAAAACCCCAGGAAGGGUCUCUCUUUUAGAUCAAGAAUUCAAAGUGAAUGUUUGCGCUUCGUACACUUAUGGACAGCCUGUGCAAGGAAACGUCCAGCUCAGUGUCUGUAACACGCAUUACUAUCGUAGUGAAUGUGACCAAGAACCCAAGAAAAUAUGUGAAAGAGUCAAUGAACAACUGGGGAAGGAUGGCUGCCUCACCAAAGCCAUUCCCACUUCAAAAUUCCAGUUAUUUCGGUAUCGUCCAAGGAUGUAUGUCAGCCUUAGGGUGGAUGCAGUGGUCACAGAGAAUGGAACAGGUGUGCAGAUUAGCAGCUCUGACUCAGUUUUCAUCUACGAAGGGCGCAAAAGCAUAUGGUUUCAGAACAUGGAUCAAUACUACAAAAGGGGACUCCCUUACUUUGGACAGAUCAAUCUGAAAGAUGAGGAAGGCAACCCCAUUGCAAAUGAGAUCAUCCACCUAGAGCUCAGUGGAAUGUACCUGGCUAACUACACCACAGACAAGAAUGGCGCUGCUCUGUUUUACCUCAACACCUCCAACCUCUUUGAUCCCAGAUUGGAGCUGAGGGCAAAAUAUGUGGACUGUUCAGACUUUGGCUGGACAAACUUUGAGGACACUCAUGCUGUAUUCUACAUCCGACGUUUCUACUCCCGCACUAACAGCUUUGUUAAGAUUGAGCCAGAGAGAGAGCAGCUGAGCUGUGGCCAACAGAAGGCAAUCAUGGUGCACUAUAUCCUGAACAAAGAUGGGUAUGGGGAUGCCACCAGUAUGAACUUCUACUAUGUGGUGUUGGCAAAAGGCACAAUUGUCCUCAGUGGCACAAAGGAAGUCAACAUGGAACAUGAUUUUCAUGGCAUAUUCACUAUCCAGCUGCCUAUCAGUGAGAAGUUGGCCCCCAAUGCCAGGUUGAUGGUCUACACUGUGCACCCUCAUAGGGAGGUGGUGGCUGAUAGCACUUACCUGAAUAUAGAACUGUGCUUCAAGAACAAGGUCCAGCUGCAGUUCUCUGAGAAACAGGGGCUUCCAGGCUCUGAUGUCAGCCUCCACCUUGAAGCUGCUGCCAACUCAUACUGUGCCCUGCGGGCUAUAGACCAGAGUGUCUUGCUUCUGAAUCCUGGGAGAGAGCUCUCUCCAGAGACUAUCUACUCUGAGUUAGAUACACAAAACUUGUAUGGCUAUUACUACCAAGGACUCGACCUGGAAGAUGGCAACAGUGAGCCUUGCAUCCCCUAUAAAAACGCCUUUUUCAAUGGCUUGUAUUAUGUGCCUGUGAAUGUUAGCCAUGAUGGUGAUGUCUACAUGGUUUUCAGGGAUCUGGGUCUCAAGAUUUUUACAAACUCUACGAUAAGGAAGCCAGUUGUGUGCAAAACAGAAAAAGCAUGCCCUGAAGAAGAUGAACGUGAUAAGUAUCCAGAAGACGCAAGGGUUUUUAGUAAUGCUUACGGUGGUUCAGAGAUGAUGAUAAACACCAUUCGGACAUUUUUCCCUGAGACCUGGAUUUGGAAGCUAGUUCCCACUGACUCUGCUGGAAAGGCUGACAUUUCUCUCGUCAUCCCUGACACCAUCACAGAAUGGAAAGCCAGUGCCUUCUGCUUGCAGGAUUAUGUUGGGUUUGGCAUAUCCCCAACUGUUUCUCUGAGAGCUUUCCAGCCCUUCUUUGUUGAUCCCACCCUGCCCUACUCCAUUGUCCGAGGAGAAAGGUUUAAUUUAAUAGCCAAUGUCUUCAACUACAUGGACACCUGUAGCCUGAUCAGUGCUGUAUUAGCCAAGUCAGAUGAUUACAAGGCAGAGGUCCUCACCCCAAAGAACAAUGUUGUGGAGGUGUGUGCAAAUGAGAGGAAAACCUACAUCUGGGCUGUGAGCCCACACAAAUUAGGUGAAGUGAACUUCACAAUUACUGCUGAGACGCGAUCAAGUGACGGAACCGCUGGGAAUGGUCCUUCGGCAAACAAGAUAGUAUGGAAAGACACAAUCAUCCAAAAGCUGCUAGUCGAGCCUGAAGGCAUCAAAAAGGAGGUGACCCAGAGUGACCUCAUGUGUACAAAAGGCCAAGCAAACUCUGGUGCAAUAUCCCUGAAGCUGCCACUAAACGUAGUGGACGGAUCAGCCAGAGUAUAUUUUUCUGUCACUGGGGAUAUCUUGGGCUCUACCUUACGGAACAUGGAGAAUCUCCUCCACAUGCCCUAUGGCUGCGCAGAGCAGAAUAUGGCUCGUUUCACACCCAAUAUCUACAUCCUGGACUAUCUGAACAAGACAGGGCAGCUGACUAAAGAGAUCAGAGACAAGGGCAUUGGAUACUUAGCUAGCGGAUAUCAGAAGCAGCUGUCCUACAAACGUGCAGAUGGAUCAUACAGCACCUUUGGGGACAGAGAUGAACAAGGGAACGUAUGGCUGACAGCCUUUGUGUACAAGUCCUUCGCUGAAGCCACGUGCUGCAUCUACAUUGACAGCCAAGUGCAGCAGCAGACCCUGAUCUGGCUGUCAAAGAAACAGAAUCCAGAUGGUUGCUUCCAAAAGGAUGGGAACCAUUUCAACAAUGCUUUGAAGGGUGGAGACAGUGGACUUUCACUCACAGCCUAUGUCAUUGCAGCUUUUCUUGAAGCUGGACACUCCACCUCGCACACUGUGGUUCAGAAUGGCCUGAAGUGUCUGGAGGCUGUUGCUAGCAAUGGAGUCACCAAUUUGUAUGACCAGGCCCUCCUAGCCUACACUUAUGGCUUAGCAGGCAAUAAAGCAAAACACAGAUUCUUCUUGGACAAGUUGGACAAAUCAGCUACCAAAAUUGCUGGCUGGAUUUAUUGGGAGCUGACAAAGAAGCCACCACCAGGCAACUCCCCCUUCUACUUGCAGGCCUCCUCUGCAGAGAUUGAACUGACCAACUAUGUGCUGCUGGCACUGCUCAACCAAUCCACUACGACUCCAAAGGACUUGUCAUACAUGUCUCAGAUUGUGCAGUGGGUCGUCAAACAACAGAAUCCAUAUGGGGGCUUCUCCUCCUCCCAGGACACCGUUGUUGCUAUCCGAGCUCUAGCCAAGUACGCGUAUCUCACCUUCUCCAAGGAUGGUCAAAACACAGUUGAGAUCAAGUCCAAGAAUCUUUCAAAUAAAGUCUUCCAGGUGAACAAUAAAAACCGCUUCCUGCUGCAGCAGACUUCCCUGCCCAGUGUCCCAGGGGAGUACAAGGUGGAAGUGAAUGGCAAAGGCUGUGUCUACAUGCAGACAACACUGAGGUACAACAUCCACAUGUCUGGGGAAGACUCUAGGUUUUCUCUCUCUGCACAGCCAACUAAUGCUUCCUGCACAAGCAACUUCCCACCAAAGUUUGAUCUUGUCAUCUCCGCCAGUUACGCUGGGCAGCGCAGUGAGUCCAACAUGGCCAUUAUUGAUGUGAAGAUGCUCUCAGGCUUUGUACCUAUCAAAUCAUCCCUGCAGGAGCUUCAGAACAGUCGUGUGGUGAUGCAUGUGGAGACCAAGAAUGACCAUGUCAUCUUCUACUUGGAGAAGGUUUCCCAGGAGGGAAUCCGUUUCUCUUUCAGCAUUGAACAAAGCCUUCCUAUAUCUAAUAUCCAGCCAGCUUCUGUGCUAAUAUAUGAUUAUUAUCAAACAGAUGAAUCCAAAGUUGCAGUCUACAAUACGCCCUGCAAAGAAGCUUCCAUUUGAAACUGGGGAGGAGGCAGGAAGAGUACAAAUUAAAGCUGUGAAAAUGUGAUAUCGAUUCCUUAUUUCCUCUGACAACAUGGAAAAAGCUGUUUCAGAAAUGCCACACUUCUAAUCACAGAGGGAAGUCAGUGGCAUUUUUGGUGUCAUCUUUUUUUUUUUCCCCCUCUUCAAUAUGCUUUGAAAUAAAGUCCUCUGAUUACUAGAA